AUGGCUGAAGAGCGAUACGACGCUGUAAUCGUUGGUGCCGGCUUUGCGGGCAUAUACAUGCUACACAAACUACGCGACGAGUUGAACCUGAAGUGUUUAGUGAUUGAUAUCGCUGGCGAUGUUGGGGGAACUUGGUACUGGAAUCUGUAUCCUGGGGCGAUGUCCGAUACUGUAGAGAGCUUCGCCUAUCGAUAUUCAUGGGAUAAGGAAGACUUGAAAACGUACCCUUGGCGGGAUCAUUAUGUGAAACAGCCUGAAGUGCUAGCUUAUCUUCAACAUAUUACCAAGAAAUACGACUUGAGGAAGGAUAUGCGUUUCAAAACCGAGCUGAAGCAAGCGGCCUGGGUCGAAAGCGAGAAGCAAUGGCACCUUGAUGUUUCUAGUGGCCAACAGCUCGUCUCACGAUACUUGAUCCUCGGGCUCGGAAUUCUAUCCAAGGCAAAUAUCCCAAAUAUACAUGGGGCCGAUACUUUCAAAGGUGAGAUGUAUCACACGGCUCAUUGGCCGAAAAAAUUAUCCCUGGACGGGAAAAAAGUUGGCAUUAUUGGCAGUGGCUCUACAGGUGUCCAAGUUAUCACUGAAAUUGGCAAGAAGGUUGAAUCGCUCACUUGCUUUCAACGGCAUCCACAGUAUAGUGUCCCUUCCGGGGACAAGGAAGUAGAUGCACAAUAUCGCCAGUGGAUUAACGACCAUUACGACGACAUAUUCAGACUAGUUCGGAACUCGAUAACGGGUUUCGGUUUCGAGGAGAGCAAGACUUCGUAUCACGACGUGUCGCCAGAAGAGCGCGAGCGAAUCUUCCAGGAAUAUUGGGACAAAGGCAAUGGGUUUCGCUUUAUGUUCGGCACGUUCAGCGACAUUACGACGGACCGUGACGCUAACGAAGCAGCUUGCGACUUCAUUCGGAAGAAAAUCGACGCAAUUGUCAAAGACCCAGAGAAGGCACGAAAGCUUAAACCGUACGAUGUCUAUGCUCGUCGUCCUCUGUGCGAUGGGCAAGCUCGCGGUGAAGGUUAUUACGAACAAUUCAACCGUGACAAUGUUGACAUUGUGCAUCUUGGGGAGACGCCUAUUCAAAGAAUUGAACCACAAGGCAUUCGCACGUCUGACGGCAAACUUCAUGAGCUUGACAUGUUGAUCUGGGCAACCGGGUUCGAUGCAGUCGAGGGAAAUUACGUGCGGCUCGCCAUACAAGGCCGCAAAGGAAAAGUACUACGUGACCAUUGGUCUGAUGGCCCAACCAGCUAUCUUGGAGUUGCCAUUCCCGGUUUCCCAAACAUGUUUAUGAUUAACGGCCCAAAGGCGGCUUUUACCAACCAGCCCCCAAUGAUUGAAGUCCAAGUUGAAUUUGUAGCUGAUGUUAUCGCUGCUGCGCAACGACAAAAGAGCACCAGUGUCACGAUUACUGCUACAGAAGAGGCAGAACGUGGAUGGACGAAGCUAUGCGAUGAAUUGGCAGCAAAUUCGUUGUUCUGGAAAGCGGAGGACAACUGGAUAUUUGGGGCGAACAUACCGGGAAAAAAAUGUUGCCUCCGUUUCUACUUCGGCGGUCUGCAGAAAUACAUUGGGGAGCUCCAACAUUGUAUUGAUGAGGGAUUCAAAGGGUUUGAAAUAGUCGCUGGGUGAACGUACACAUCGCAAUCCCAAUGCUGCAGACUCAGUCAUUGAAUGACUUUAUUCGCUACCUCGUUUCGUAGUACAGUCCAUAAACGGUGACAUGUUGCCAGAUUCGGCUAGAUGGCAACCAUCAUUUGCACUACUACUAGGAGGACAAUGUAAUUAUUGUCAGUACAUCCAACGAACAGUCUGAAUAUUUCAUGCUCCGUAUAUGGAAA